UAGUGGGUUUAACAAAAAGAGCAGGAAUGUCUUUAUCGCUGAACAGACGGGUAUAAAGCACUCCUGACAACAAGUCCCUGGCAAAUGACCAGACUCCUUUGACAGAGCCAGACGGAGUUCAAGUCAAUUCCUCAUCCUCUUGAUGAUGUGACCAGCCUGGGAAGAAAACAAUUGCUUAAAACGGAGAGCAGAGCCACUCAGAGGGAUUUAUAAUGUCAGUCAAGCUUCCAAAGAGGCUGAGCAGCAAGAAAAAAAAACUUCCAAAGGACAAUGUCCAGCCAGAGAUACUACAGAAGCUUGGCCUGGAGGCUUGCUCCACUGCACCACUGGAUCCAUCAUCUAUCUUAGAUAUCAGUACGUGGACUCUGGAGAACCAUGCUCCUCGAGAGCUCAAGGAUCUACCUAAUGCUUUCCUCCGACGUCUUUGGCUGCUUAGCCAAGAUGCUCGGAGUCCUUGCAUACAACCUGAACAAAAUGGUCUCAACAAAGACAAUGCAUCACCCACGGAAGAGCUCACUGGAUUUGAAUCCACAAAGCAAAGUCCCAUUCACCCCCUUGAUCUGGUCACAUCUGUCUUUUUGUCUGCAAAUACUUUUCUUCAGCAGGAGAUGACUGUGCACAUGAUGCAAUGCAAGUUUGCUGUCCCACUGGUUCUCCCAAAUGUUGAUCCAGAAGAACCCAGCCAUUUCCUUCUUUGGCCUCUAAGAGCUGUUGUGAGCAGAUGGUGGUCUCACACUCUGGAUAUGAAUCGUAGAUUGCAAGAAGGGAAUUUGGCAAGCAUGUGCAUGCCGAUUGUUUCAUGCGUGAAAUUUGGCCAUUGCAAUGUUUCUAAGUCAAAAGUGCUAAACCAUGUCCUGAAUGGACUUAAGCCUGGCAGUGAAACGUUUGUCCACAAGGGCAUGGAUGGAGGACAGCUGCCCAGAAAACUCUCAAAUGGCCUCGUUGAGAUUGGAUGGCAUCUACCCACUGGAGAUAUCAACAGAGACAUUUUCCCUGUCCCUGUAGUCAUCUCUAAUCUACGCGGUAAUGCAAGCACACAUGAGAAAAGCCUCAGUCUUCUCUGUCAAGCAUCUUCAGCUGUUGUUGUGUUCUGUGGGGAUCUUAGGGAGAAGGACAAACAACUUCUUGUAUCUUGCAAAGACAUUGCAAAAAAGAUUAUACUGAUUGACUUCUCAGAGACAGAUAAACAAGAAAACAGAGUUGUGGAAUUUGUUGGUCUUGAAGAGCAGAUGGGGCUUCCCAAAGGCUCUGUGCUCCCAGGGGGCACUUUGAGUGAGGAAGAUGUGGCCAGUAAGCUGUGUGAAAACCUGAAAAAUUUGUUUCCAGAUAAACUCAAGCUUGUUACACUUGAGGCAGCAGCAACAUUAGCAGUGGAACUAGGUCUAAAUGUGGAUGAAGGUCCAGUCUGUAAAAAGGCAAUGGCCACAGUGGAAGAAGUGUUGAGAGGUUUGGAUGAGGGACCUGCUGAGUAUUGGAUGAAACAGUUUCCUUUGCAGGGGCCGUUGUGGAGCAAACUGGGAGAACUAGAUAAAAUGGAGAGUAAACAAAGAAAAGAAGGGAAUAUUGACCCCCAACUUCAAAAACAAAAGAAAGACAUCUUCGCCGAGUUGAGCAGCUACAGAAUAACUCCAGCUAUGAAGCUUUUCACUGAUGCUCUAUUCACAACAGACAAAAUGGAGAGGAGUUAUUUUCUUACCUGGCUCAAACUAAGGCUUGAUAUGAUGCAAACAAAAGAACAAAACAAUUCACAAGAGGUUUCGCCAGUGCCGCAGACGGAAAAUAAAAGUACCGGUAACAUGCCUGAAAAUUUGGAAGACAUUGAACAUGGUGCUGGGGACAGCAACAGUUUUUGCUCUGUUUCAGCAUUUCAAGUGACUGAAGGCCAGCCUGAAAACACUGAAAUGUUUGUUUCUGAGCAACAAUGUGAGAUAGUUCAAGAGUUAUGUGCUGUGAUACAAUCUGCAGUAAAGACCACAGAAUCUCCAUCAGAUAACACUAACAGUGAUAUUCAAAAUGUUGAAAUCACAGAAGACGAAGUCUCUUUUGAAGAUCAAAAUUCACACCAAGUUUCUGAGGACCAAAUUUGUAAUUUAGAUUCAGAAACCGUAAGCUGCAAAGAAAAGCACCUGGAUAUAACAGAGAUAACACGUGCUGUCCCCAAGUUGGCUCCCCCAGCUGAACAACAAAUGUGCAAUGAAGUGUCUUCUGAAAAUCAGGCAACCUCAAAUUCACAGCCUGUUGAACUUGAUCCCUACUCAAUUGGCCUUGAGCAUUUCUUGCGUGAGAUGGGCCUAAUGUUUGAGCUGACACACAUCAGCCCCAGCAGUGGGAAUCAAAACAUUUUGCGUUUGCCCAGCGUAGCCACAGACCUUCUUCUCUAUGGCGUUCCCCUUGAAAUAAUGGAUGGCAAUGCUUCAAAUAUCCCUAUGUGCUGGCUGGGCUGCAUCUUUGCAGAGCUCAAACGUCGCCUAGCUCAAGAGCAUUUAAGGACCCGAGUGCUGACAAACCUUGGCAUGCAUAAUGCUAAAAAUGCAGAGGUUCUUUCUGCACUGUUUGGUGUAAAAUUUCCAUAUGGGGGGAGAACAACAAAUAGAGGCGUGUAUAUGGCUGCACUGGCGAUCCCCAGUCAUCUUAAAAAAGACAUGGAGUGUGAUUUGCUGUUGUUAAUGGAUGUAGAAGGUCUCUGUUCAUUUCCAGUGAACAACAAAGAAAGUAUGCUGAUCCAUGACAAUGAAAUGACAACGGUUGCAAUAGGACUGAGUGAUGUUUUAGUGCAAAACAUUUCCCAACAUUCUGAUGAGAACUUUGAAACAGCCUUCUCUGUCAUGGUCAAUGGCCUCUUACGUACCAAAGAAUGUGGCUCCUUACCUAUCUGCCAAAUCCUGGCCGAAGACAAGGGAAUAAACAGCAUAUUACAGGCCUCUCAGACAAAGCAUAUUUAUGACAUGCUACUUACUGAGUCUGAGGACAGAAGAAAUGUUGAUAAUGGUUGUGCAAAGACUACAAGUUCUGCCAGCUUUGUCAAAGGCCCUUGGACCAAAAUGUUUCUCUCCGAACCAGUUGACACUGAGUACAGUAUGGCUGUGUUAAAGCUGAAGCAAAACCUGUUUGAGUCACUGAAAAGGUGUACAGCCAAGUCUGAAGCCUCAGGUCUGCCAGAAUUUAUGGCACACUUGUGUGCUGUGUGGGAUGCUGUGAAAUCAGAAUCAUUUUCCAUUGGCCUGGAAAAUAUGGAUGUAGCUUCAGCAUUUACAUUACUAUGCACAGAGUUUUUCCAAUGGAAGCAAAGUUUACUGGAAAACAUUGAAAGCUGGCUGCUGGAGGCAUCAACAAAAAUCUUUGCCACAAAGGCAAAGGCUUUGGAUAGUUCUGUCCAAAAUAGCCUUCUGAAUGGGCUGAAGAAUGAAGCCCAAGAGGAAGUCAAAUCAGAAGUGAACAAAGUCAAGUCAAAAGCAGAGGCCUAUCUGAUGAAGGAUGACAUUUUCAAAGUGCAUGCUGAAACAUUCAAGCCAAUCCUAAUGAGCAAUGUGAGCAACCUCCAGGAGCAAGUAAUGGAACAGAUAAUGAAAAAGUUAGAUACAAUCAAUGAGAUCCAUUGUUCUUCCACUCAGCUGAAGAAAUUUGAGAGCAUGCUGGAAGAAGAGCAAGAGUUCAAGCUACUUGCAUUAGUUGAGACAAGCAAGUCAACAAAAAUCCUCCUCCAGGAUAAUGAAUUAGAGGAGGAGUUUGACAUUGUGUGGAGUAAAACAGUGGCUGAAUUUGACUUCAGGCCCUCAGAAACCGAUGACAUUACGACAAGAGUGAGAGAUGUAUUAAGGCAGAAUCUAAUCCACCGCAGCCUCCAGAAACAUAUGAAAAAGCUUGAUAUUUUUGGCCAAAACCAGACCUCUGACUUCCAAGUUCAUGACGAGCACUUUGGCUACCGCAGCAGAUUAAAACACAUGUUUGAAGACAACAACAGACAGCAGAGAUUAGAAGCUCAACAGCUUGCAUGGAAGAUCCUAGAUGAGUACAAACAGUUUGUUGAACAUAAAUGUAGCUUGCCUGCAGAUUUCUCUGACAGCUACAUUGUAGAACUCCUGGAAACUGUAGAAAAAGCUUUGGGGGGAAAAUCUAUGGAAAUCAGAUCGGCUUUUGAAGUUGAUUUGAAGCUGCAUCUCUGUAACGCUGCAUGUCAAGACUUCCAGAAGCUCCAUGAUCGCUUUGCCAAGGACAAAGAACUUUUGUUCUGCAUUUCUGCAGCCAAGGCCAACUUCUUGGCCGAGUUCAUCUAUAACUUCAGGAAGAGAGAUGAGUGCCAGAGAUUGGCCAAAGCGUUCACCUCCAUGGUCAUUACCCCUACAGUGUUGGACUACAUCAAGAAACCAUUGGGAAUGCAGAUUGCAGAACAGAUUAAAGAUAAAGCCAAGCAGUAUCGGUCUCCACAAGCCUUCCAGCAAAGCUUGCUGGAGGAGCUGAUUAAAGAGGACCACUUUGAAAGCUUCAAGGAAUAUCUGUUGUCCUAUGACAACUUCAGGCUGAUGAAGAUCCAGGAAACAGUGGAGGCUCACCUUUCUGAAUCAAACAGCUUAAGCCAAUGGAGGCAACAAAGACUGGGAGAAAUUAUAGGAAAGAUUUCAGCAGCUGUGAGUCAAACACCAGAAGGUCUCAAUGGAGCGCUCAGUGAUACAAAGCCAUUGCUCGAGAGAGCGUGUCUGGUUUUAGAGGAAGAUGCAGAUAUUGAUGUUGGCAGGGCCUCCCUAAAUGGACCGCUCUUCAGUAUCACAACAGAUUGGGAUCGUUUUGUUAAAUGUGUAAUGGAGUUAUUGGCUACAUUGCGGCUAGAUCUUGGCCAGGAGUUCUCCCAAAAUGUGGAUAUCAACCAGCUACUCAACAGCCUUUCAGUUCAGCCCCAGGACUACCUCUUCAAAAAAGUGAGAGGCUGUGACAAAAAGUGUCCUUUAUGCGGAGCCCCCUGUGAGGUAGAUGAUCUUGGGCAUGAAGUUCACAAGGCCUUGCUCCAUCGACCCAAGGGCUUAAUAUUGUAUGACUCCAGUUCUCUGCCCUGCACCAGCUGGCCUGAAAGCCAAAUCCCAGGUAAAGACGACAGUGCAAAAGAUAAAUCCGUGACAUGCAAGGACCUUCAUUCUCUACAUCCAAACUGGAGCAACUCAUCUGAUGACCCUGACAGACCAGAGGCCAGUGUUUACUGGAGAUACGUACUGACACGGUUCAGUGAAAAGUUUGCAAAGGAAUUCCAGCAGGAACCAGCAAAAAUUCCAGAGGAGUGGAGGAAGAUCACUCAGGAGGAGGCUUUAGACAAUCUGAAGGAAGUCUUUGAAGCCAGCGAGAACUGAAAAAAAUUGCACUUAGAUAAUUGUAUUAUGCAACUUUUUCAAAGCCAUGCUGAUUUCUGAAUCAUAGAAUGCUGAAAACCUAAUUUCAGCUUUCUAACUUUAAUAAGGACUGCCCUGUGAUGUGCGAUAUCAAUGAUAAUUUAUACUGUAUAUAGCAAUUUUAGAUUAGAUUCGGGUAAUAUUUGACAAAAACAUAAGUUAUAUCACAAUUACUACUUUUUUUUCCAAUGACUUACUUAGUAUGUUUCAUUUAUUAGAAAUAAUUUCAAAAUUGUACAUUGUAACAUUCCUACCGUGCUUUUACUUGAAAAGGAAGGAAGAAGUGAUAACAUGAAUAGUGUAUUGACUUUAACCCCUUAACGACUGAUGCUUUUUAUUAGAUACAAACGCUACCAGCCAAAGGUUUGGACACAUUGUAUCCAUAUUUGAAUUGGAACGUGUGUCCAAACUUUUAACUGGUAAUGUAGCCUCACCCAUAAUCAAAAAGAUAAAAACAAGAUUUAUAUAAUGAAAGAAAUCCAGACAAAUACAUAAAUUAAUUAACUGAUUAAAAAGAAUAAAAUUAAAUGACCUUAUCUAUUCAGGACAUACAAGAAAAGCUAAAUUGAAAACUGUUAAAAAUAUAAUUAGGAAUGGUUUUAAUUUCAAUAUAUAUUUAACACUUGAAAUUAAGAAAAACAGGACAUUUUUGUGUAUAAUUCAUAUGCCAGGCAUUAGAGGGUGGUAUAUACUCAGUACUCAUACUAUACAUACUCAGUAUGAGAACAGUAUGUGUUCAUAAAAUAGGAAAAAUACUGCACAGUCAAUAUUUAUCAAAUACAUUUUCUUUUGUGUUUGUAGGUGUGUAGUUGUUUUGUUUUUUUAAAAUGUGCAUGUUUUUUCAAAGGGGGUUCAUAGAAACAAUUUUCUGACUUUUAUCUUAUGUGUCAUUUUAUAUGUUCUGAUGCUUAACACAACUGAUGUUAUAUUUUUGAGAAUAAAAAUAUUAAAUGAAGACAAAUCCUAAAUAAAGGGAAAAGAAUGCUUAUAACAAUUUGUUUCAGUCU